AUGGCGGAUAUUCCGAAGGAGCGGCUAGACGGUUCUCUUGCUUUUGAGAUCACAGGCGUAGACUUUUGUGGCCCUUUUUUCUACAAGCCAGAGGCACGCAACAAGGCUCCAAUCAAAUGCUACGUCUGCGCCUUCAUUUUCUUCGCGACUAAGGCUGUUCAUUUGGAGCUGAUCAAGGAUUUGUCUACAGUCUCUUUUCUGCACGGCCUAAAGCGGUUCAUAUGCACAAGACGAAGGCCGCGUCAAAUUUGGUCAGAUAACGCAACCAAUUUUGUCGGCGCCAGGAAAGAUCUGUUGGAUCUAAAGCGCCUAUUUCUCAGCGACGACCAUCAGAAGGCGGUCCUGGGGCUUUGCCUGUGGGAAGCUGCAGUGAAAACGGCAGAGUAUCACUUCUAUCGUGCUAUAGCCACUUCGGUGCUUGAAUUUGAGGAACUGCGUACGCUGUUAUGCCACAUCACGGCAGUUAUUAAUUCAAGACCCUUAGUAUCCAUUUCAGAGAAUCCUGCCGAUCUGGACGUUUUAACUCCAGCUUAUUUCUUGAAUGGCGGACCUCUUGCUUCGUUCGCCGAGCCUGACGUAACUCAGCUAAAUUUCGAUCGCCUGAACGGAUGGCAGCGCGUUUCAUAUUUGCAGCAGAUCUUCUGGUCCCGAUGGAAGGAAGAAUACAUCAUUUCACUGCAACAGCGCUCAAAGUGGCGCACGCCGAAGCCUAGUUUGGCAGUCGCAGAUGUGGUCCUUGUUAAGGUUGAGAAUCUGCCUCCCAUGAAGUGGCCACUAGCUAGAGUUGAUGCCCGGCUGAAGAACUCGUCGUUGGAUUUUUAUGGCCGUCAUCCCAUCAUCCUGCCAGCAGUCAUUCGCUUACUUUUACAAUCAUUUCUCACUUUCACGAACGGAAUCUGCACUCUGGACCUCGAGCUCUGCUUGGAUUAA